AUGUCCUCCAGUCUCAAUGACACGCGUUUGUUUCCUUUAAUUAGAAGAAGUGCUGUGCUAGAAUAUGGCAUGUGUGACCAGGUCAGGCUGGAUCAUGGGAGGGAGUUUUUCUUGACACUUUUCAUGCAGGAAAAACUGGCAGACCGCCGGUACAACACAGAAAGGCUUCCAUAUCGGCAAACACCUUCAACUAAAAAUCACACAAUUGAAAGAACAUGGCCUGAGGUAAACAACAGGGUGAAUUAUCCACUGAAAGGGGCACUGAUGGAGUUAGUGAACCAGGAGGAAGUGGAUAUGGAAGAUGACCUGACACGUUAUUGUGUAUCUACACUUUCUUGUCAGGUUGCUAAAAUUGGCCUUGACCGUGUAGUGCAGUCCUGGAAUGCUCACCGGAUUCCAGGAAAGGGGGUGCCUAAUGUUUUGGCUCAUGGCGGAUGCCAAAAGAAAAUAUCCCUGGAUCUUUUGCCAAAUGCUGUGGAGGCUGCAGAUUGGUAUGACCAUGAAGUGGGGUCGUCCUUGACACGGGUUUCAACUUUCGGAAGGAAUCCAUUUCAAUCGCCAGAGGACCAGGAAGCUGUGGAAAGGCAGUUUUCAAUGCAGUGUCCAGAUAUUUGUAGUCUGUUUGAAAGUGCUGUCAAUUUUCAACAUGCAACAUACCAAAGUGUACUGAAAAUCUUAAUUGAUAUGGUUAGAAGGCAUGCCUAG